AUGCUUCAAAAAAAGCCUAUUUUCGACUUUUGUGAGGACUUUGAUGGUAUAGAAAUAAAUAAGAAGAAAAAAGUUGUUGGAGAUCUUUGGUCGAAAUUCUUCUCAUGUGUAAGCCUUGUUGAAAAUAACACAGACCAUCUUGAGUUAUUAUUGGAAAGGUUAUCUGCUUUUGAGGACGAGAUGAAACCCGGAAAAGAAAAUGUUGAGCAACAAUCUAAAGAUAAGCAUAUUGAGUUGUUUGUUGGUUCUAAUAUAGUAUCAGGUGGUAUACUUCCUCCAAACAAGUCUUCAAACAAAGGAAGUGGUACGGGAAAGAGAAAGAAAAGUGAUCAAGAGAUAGCCAUUGAAGCAAGCAACAAAAAAGAGAGACUUUGUAGAUCAUGUGGUCAACUUUCAACUCAUGAUAGUCGUAAUUGCCCUGAGAAAAAGAAAAACCUAGAAUGA